UUAGAAUAUGAUGCGUUAUUCUGUUGUGUUUACAUUACUGUUAUUCGUUUUGGAAAUCUCAGUCGAGGCGAGCAAGAACGAAGUCUUUGCUCCUGCAGAUCUUUGCUUCGUCCAUACUCCUCGCACAUGCAAAGCACACUGCUUGGAAAGUAACUGCCAAAACGGACGCUGCAAAUUUGUAGAAGUGCAGGGAAGACAUUUCCUCGCAUUACGAUGUGUCUGUGAGGAUUGUCCCGGUGAUCAACAGAGGAAGGAACAGCUUCAUUGAACAGAUGCACGUCUUUUGAGCUUUUUGCGCAAACCACCAUUAUGAAUCUAUUAUGAUGCGAUUUAGUCAAUGUUUCCACCACAUGACGAUAUUAUUCAAGUUAUCAGCAACAUUCACAUUUUAAAGUACGAGAGAAAAGCUGGUAUACUACUACUAUUUAUUUUACCAUGUUGACACAAUUUUGUUCUUGG